AUGGGCCGACACUCCAAAGCAACUACUGCACAUCUUGGGAACCUCAACCACCCUAGAAGGUCCUAUAAACCCACUGUAGAAGAUGUGAGCGAGUCAGAAGAUGAAGAUUACAUCCCUACCAGCAACAGGCAGCCACUCCUCGAAGAAGGCUUCUUCUUCCUGGAUGAAGACUUGGAUUCAGACUCGGACUGGGACCCAGAGGAUGAGGAGGAGGUGGAGGUUGAUGAGGAAGAACUAGAGGGGCUGAAGAAUGAGAGCGACAUUCAUCAGUUCGCAGCUGUUCUCUGUGAAGCUCAAGCUCUUGCUGUAAAGGCUGAAUGUGAAGCAGCAGCUAAUAAGCCCAACCGCCCAAAGCACUACACUGGGAACUCGAAACGAAGCCAACGGCUCCAUGCCUUCAAUCGGAAGAAGUUAGCAGCAGCUGGACAACAAUUUAUUAAUUCCUGGUUCACAGUAGCCAAAAAGACGGUCUCCGAGGAUGAAUCUGGUUCAGACUCAGACUCAUCACCUGAAGACCCACCCACCGAAGAUGUUGAGGCAAGCAUGGGCCGGCUCUUCCCUGAAAGAGAUGAAUUGAGCAAUGAAAUGAACCUGGGGCCGUUGCAUGACACUACAGGCACCCAGAGUGACACACGAGUGAGAUCUGCAAAGGAGGAAGUUGAAGAGCUCCUGAAGCAGUUGCGGAACGGAUGUUGCCCUUUGGAUGACAGCCCUGAGACAAGGACUGAUGUCCUGUUGAAUGGAUUAUGCUACAAGGACUUUCCUAUGCUGCGUCGUGCACUCGCAAAACUCACCAUCAAGAGCAAAGACAAGAAGCUUGAUCUCUCAUAUACAUGGCAGGAGGCUUCCCUGAUUGCAGCAAAAGCUGCAGGACGAGGACCCAAUCACGCACGCAACCUACGAAAGUGGAUCUGUCAGUUUUUGAAAUCUGGGAAACUGCCCCUUCACCGAUAUGGCUCCUACAACUCCUCAAUCCUCGAUGAUGAAGACUUUGCCCGGGAUAUCCAGCUACACUUGACAGAAAAGGCAAAAGAUGGCUACAUCCGGGCACAGGACAUUGUUGACUACGUUGCCACAAAGGAUGUCCAGGAGCAGCUUGGGGUGAAGGCACAAGGAAUCACCAUUCGAACGGCUCGACGCUGGUUGAAGAAGCUGAACUGGCGAUAUACCCGCAAACGGAAUGGCAUGUACAUUGAUGGCCAUGAAAGGGAGGAUGUGGUUGCUUAUCAGAAAGCAUUUGUGUCACGCUGGCAGGAAUAUGAGAAGCGUUUCAUUAUUUAUGACAAUGAUGGCAACGUACUCUCUAAACCAGCUGGCUUCCCUGUCCCUCAAAUCGGCCGCUUCCGCUUGAUCCUGGUCACACACGAUGAAUCAACGUUCUAUGAAAACGACAGACGCAAGACAAAGUGGACCCACUUCCAAGAAAAGGUGACAACAGAGAGAAAAGGAGAGGGGCCAUCGAUCAUGGUGUCCGAAUUCUUAACACCUGAUUGGGGGCGGCUAAAAGACGGAGAUGAGUGA